UCAGCAUCGCAUUCGCAGCCACUCCAAGUCUCCAACUCCAACAACACUUUGCAUGCUUGCCUUGGCUCGUAGCCCACUUUCGACUUUGCAAAAUUUCCAAGCUUUCCCUGACUGAACUGUGGCUGCUUGACAUGCCGGAGCCGGACUGCAGCCUGCAGUGGACACACACGCCCUUUUGCCUUUAGGCCUCCCAAAAGCCCUCCCUAUUUAACCACGCAUCCCAUGGCACACCUCUCAAGCUACCCUCACCCUCACAAUCUUUCACCAUCUCUCUCUCUCUCUCGCUUCCCCACAGGUUCACUGCUGCUGCUACAUCCCAUGGAGACAGCCCAAGAAAGCGAGCUGCAGGAGAGACAGCAGGCAUGGUGGUGGCCUCUGGACAACAUGGCCUGCAGCAGCGGCAGCUUGGACAUGAGCAGCAAUGGCAGCUGCUUCCUGCUCGAAUUGGACUCGCAGCUCAGGUACUUGGGUCUAGGUGUUGUGGGCGUCGCCGCAGCCGCCGCUAGUAAUCCCGAUGAUCAUCGUCGUACCAUCGAGCACGAGCUUGGGCUCUUCUUCCCAAAGUGCAUGGAAUCGCCCGCUAGUUCAUCCGAGGCGGUGCAGGAUGCGACGGUGAUGCCCGAGGAUCAGUUGGAUGAACUGCUCCAGAGUUUCUGGGAUGCGGAGGAGGAGGAUCAGCAGCAGUUGAUAGGAUUCAGUUCCAGCUCCAUCCUGAAGGAGAAUGGUACUUUUGUCCUGGAUGACGAUGAUCUUCUGGCGUCUCUGAGCUCUGUCUCACCAGUGGAGCCUGCAUUGCCAGAGCCAGAGCAGCAGCCCCCCUCGAGCUCGUCCUCGUCUCACUGCAACCUGGACCCACCGGCCAGUGAAACAGCCGGCGCCCAACCCCAGAACGCUCGCGCUCGCACCAACUGUUCGUCCAAACGCUCGGCGACACAAGAAGAUACGGACGCAUGGAACGGCAAGAGGAGCAGGAAGGCGGCGGCGUCCUGCUCGGUGGCGCGCCCGUUCACGGUGGUGAAGCCCGGGCCCAGCGGGAUGGACGGCGUCGCGACGCUGGCCGACAUCAAUGAGCGGAUCCUGACGCGGCCCGCCAGGCCCGUGCCGCACCCUGUAGGCGAGUUCGCGUGCGUUCCGCGCGCGUCGGCGUCGGCCGGUGGCGGCGACCGGCCGGCCCCGUCGGGCAAGGCGGUCGCCAGCUUCACCAGGCUGCACACCGGCGCCGGGAAGGGGACGAUAACCAUCAUAAGGACGUCAAGCUAAGCUACUGAAUUACUGAUCGAUCGUCCUACUCAGACGAUCACCUUUACUGGAUCGAUCGAUGUAGAAUUGUAGAUGCUACAAAUCUUAUGUAGAUUAACAAUUAGCAGAUGACUAGUGAGUAAUCAUCGUACCGUGAAGUAAAAAGAGAAUUAGGGCGAGACCUUUUGGGAGAUCGGCGUAUAUACGCGCAUGCGAAUCUGGACGGGAAAGGGAGGGGAUUUUGAAAUACGAGUCUUUUUAAGUUAAGAAAGUAAAGGUAAGAUUGCUGCAGAGACAGUAGCUUGAAUCGAUCGGAGGGACACGCCUUUGGAUCGUACGCACUGUGGUGUGCCAGGGGACAAAGCUCUUACUACUGGUGACAAAGCGUGUGAGGUUAUAAUUGUACCGGAAGACAAAUG